AUGGAGAAGGUGAUGAUGAGCAGGAAGCCGGGCGACUGGAGUUGCAGGUCGUGCCAGUACCUCAACUUCUGCAAACGGGACGCUUGCCAGCGGUGCGGCGAGGCUAAGCUGGGCGCCGAGCGGCCGGACUACGCGGCCAUGGGCGGCAGCUGGGAAGUCAAGCCCGGCGAUUGGUACUGCGGCUGCUGCGGCGUCAACAACUACGCCAAUCGCGCCAGCUGCUUCAAGUGCAGCGCCGCAAAGACAGACUCCGCUGCCGUGGCGCACAACUGGGGGUUCAACGCCGCCGGCCAGGCCGGCUGGAAGGCCGGCGACUGGAUCUGCCCCAGGUUCGUCUGCCUCCGGCCCCCUAUCUACGUAGCUAAUCGACUGGAUUGUAACGUGCAAAACUACGCCAACAGAACCGAGUGCUUCCGCUGCAAUGCGCCCAAAUCAUACUAUGGUUAA